CUUCCCUCUCCGGCCUGCACUCCUCCCAGCACACAUGGAGAGCUCCGGCGCCGCCGCCGCCGCCUCUUCCUCCCGUCAAAGGUCCGCCGCCGCCGCUGCUCCUCCCUGCAAGCAGAAGUCCGUCGCCGCAUCUUACCUCUCACUGCGGAGAGCCUCCGCCGCCGCCUGAGCGCCCCAUCUCGCCUCAUACCCUUGCAUUUCUCCGCCGCCCCCUGAGCCUCACGACCGUAUGACCCACCGUGCGCCUUGCCCCAACCUCUCCCUACGCAUAGAGGUUCGCCGCAGCUUGAGCUCCCCUUCUCUCCUUGGCCGCAUCCCCUUCGACUGGUCCUCCGUAUUUCCUCCCAUGGCCGGAUUCUCCUAGCCCCUUCCUCUUCCAGCCCCCUCCAAUGGAGCAGCACAAGAACCCUAAUUUCCCGUUUACUAAUAAUCCCCAAUUUCUUGAGCAGAUCUUACGAUUCUAUUUCGUUAUUUUUUCAGAUGACGAAAACGGGAAAGGAUGGAAAUAUGACCCUCAGUGUGGCAUGAGCAAAGAGGAGUUCGAAUGGCGAUGUGCUCAGGCUGACAGGGUAAACCAGCGUAUGCCCCAGGCGUUGGAGAAAUUGAACUCUCAGUUGCAGAUUACGCGUGGACACUUCAUCGAUGAUCCUGAUGCCCUCAGAAUAUGGGAUGUGUAUGAGAAUGAUGUCCGUUAUGCAUUUGCACAUAACCUCAAGGGUACCCUCAUGUCACCUUUGUCACUCCCGAACUCUGUUUUAUACGAGCAGCUAAUGAACAGAAAGGCCCAGUCUAAGACUUUUGUUGGCAUGAUAUCUGGGGGAUUGGACAAGUUCAAACAAGUAGCGGCAAGAAACAAGAGGUUAGUUGGAGCUGGAGUAGUAGUUUCGCUUGUUGCUACUUCAUUUGCUCUUGGCCUUGCUGUCGGACGGAAUCCACUGCAUGAAGAGACCAAAGAAACCUAGGUAGCAACUGUUUGAUCUUGGUGUUGCUGUCUAUUACGCUAGCUAUUCCUGUUAAAUAUUGUCGAAACGAUCACUAAACCUAUCCUCCGGAAUGAGUGAUGUAUUAAGUCAAACAAGUUGACAGUAGCUUGAAAGCGCAAACAGAUUGAGUUUAAAACUUUUAAAUACAUGAAAGAGUCUUGUAAUUUUUUUGGCUUU